AUGGACAAUUUCUUCGCUGCCAUAUCAUUAUUCCGUCGACGGAAAUAUGAUGAGUGCAUCGAGGUGUGCAACGGGUUGCUGCUGCAGCAACAGCCGGCCCAACAUAAUGCCCUUCAUCAAGGUCCUUGGGAGCUGAAAAUGAGAUCUAUGACCCAGCGAGUGUACAUCGACGAUGUCGAGGCAGACGAUGAUGUAGCAGAGGAUAUUUUGGACACGCAGACGAUCGCGACCGCACCACGACCGGGCACCUCGAUCCGGACCGCCAAACCGAUGGCUACGGCCACAGGCACCACCGCCACCACCGCUGCCAACCGUCCACGCACCGGAACCGGCCGGCCAAUUACGGGCAUUUCACGCCCUGGAACGCUGUCAUUGCAGCGCCCCGGCUCGACACUUGGCAACCGGACAGCCCCACGAACGGCCUCGCGAACCGCAGGUGGUUCAGCACGCCAGAUGCGUCUCGGAUCGGCCUCCAUGUUUGCGGCCGGUGAUCCAACAGGGCCGCUGUUCCACAUUUCGCGCCUCCAUCCGGACAAGUACGCCGAUCGGGAUGCACUAUCGAAACCCCUUUUUCAGUAUCUCUACUACCACGAAGGUGACAUCCGGAAGGCGAUGGCACUGUGUGAUGCGGUCCUUAACCGGCGUCGACUAAGAGCCGGCCACGGACCGGAUGAGCAGGAUGAGCUCGCACAACCCCGGAGUGGAUCGGCCCGACUCGACACCGGGAGCGAUUGGUGGUGGAAUACCCAGAAGGCCCGCUGUCUGAUCGCGAUCGGUUGUCCCCGGGAGGCGGAACCGUAUCUCCGGAAGGCACUCCAGGAGCUACUGCAUCCCGAUGUGGUCCUAUUGCUUGCCCGGAUCUACGUCAAGAUUGAUCAACCGAUGGCGGCACUCGAGGUUUGUCGGACGGCACUCGAGAAGCUUCCGAAUGAGAUCGUCCUUUUGACGCAGCAAGCUCGUAUUCUGGAGCUCGUAGGGAAUCUGACGACCUCGGUACGGCGCUACCGGCAGAUUGCGGUGCUGGAUCCGAUGAACACGGAAGCGUUGGCCUGCAUUGCCGUGAGCUACUUUUACGCCAAUCAACCGGAGACGGCUCUGUUGUAUUAUCGGCGUAUCUUGGCGCUGGGGGCGCAUAGUGCUGAGUUGUACUGUAACAUUGGGCUGUGUUGUCUGUACGGUGGCCAGCUUGAUCUGGUGUUCCCGUGUUUUCAGCGCGCCCUAAGGAUGGCGACCGGGAGUGAGUUGCGAGCAGACAUCUGGUACAAUCUGAGCUUUGUCGCGAUGACUACCGGUGACAUCCAUCUGGCGCGUCGCUGCCUGCGGCUCUGUAUCGCCGCCAACGGAUCGCACGGCUCGGCACUGAACAAUAUGGCCGUGCUGGUCGCACGCCAGAAGCAGUACCACAAGGCCAAGUCGUACCUCGUGGCCGCCCGUACCGCACUGCCGGCGAGCGACGAGAUUGGCCAUAACCUGAAAUUUAUCGAGAAUUUCCAAUAA